AUGGCAAGACCAUCUGUGAGCUCACAGUCUCUAGCAGAUUUAGCUAGCUCGAAGUUUCAAUCCAAGAAAGAGAAUAAAAAUGAUGAUAAUGAUCCGGUUGCCUCAUCAUUUUUAGACGAUGAAAUCACACAAGAGCCGAUAAAGAACAAGGGAUUGAAAAAUAAACAGGAACAACACAAGAACAUCGAGUUGAUCAGAAAGAAGUACACACUUCAGAAUAAAUCGUUGGCCAAAAAUAACUCUUUAAUGAUGCUCAGAAUAUCAGAAAUGGAAGCUAAAGUGAGUGAUUUGAUAAACGAGAAUAUGCUUCUUAGGAAGCGAAGGACUUUCAAAGAUGCAGAAUUGAAAAAGCAGUUAGAAGCUAAACUUGAAAUUGUCGAAACGGGAUUAGUACAUAAAUUCGGUGAGAUAUUUGAAAUGCUUAGAGAGAUUAGAAUGGAUGAGGGAAUGGCUGAAAACCCCCAGUUAGGGAUUUUUAAAAACUUACUUAAUGAAGCUCCGUCAGCAACAUCGACACCCAUAGAAGACGCAUCGGGAACUGGAAUUAGUCCGUUUGUAUUUAAUCCUAGGUCACUAUCACAACCAUUAAAGGAAAGCUCAUUUACUUUACCUAAAUCGCAUCUAUAUUUACAUACAGCAGACAAGGUGACCAAACUGUCUGUCAUUCUUAAAGGUUCUGUGGAAAAGAAGGAAAACGCCAAUGCCUAUGUGUCAAAUGAAGAUAAUAUAGAUUUACUUAAGAAUGAUUCUGUGAGUGAAGUAAGCGAAGUUCAAUCUCGAAAACCUUGUAGUGAAUCUUCACUGGAAAUUAUGCCUAACUCUGAAGCCAAAGAAGCUAGCAUACAAAGUCCUGAGUCGAUCAAGAACAUUCAGAACAUUCCAGUACACAAUAAAAGAGUAAAUUCACACGAGUCUCGCAUGUUUGAUGUAUAUACGGAUAAAGAUAAAGAAAGUGAUGUAAUAGAUAUCCUGGAUAAUACAGUGAAUUCAAAGAGUUCAAAGAAAACAAAAAAGACAGCUCAGAAAGAGCCAGUUGUUUCUAAAGCUGACCCUCAGAUUAAGCAAGAAAAGAAUCAAGAGGAGCCACAGGAGGAAAGUAGAAGACCUAGUCGUAGCAGGAAGCCCGUUAGUUAUAAAUGGCCUUCGUUAUCGAAGAAAAUGAGAAGACAAUCAGAAAAGUUUGUUGAUGCAGUCAUCGUUCCUGAUGAAGAAGAGCCUACUAGUGAGCUUGCCAAAGUAUCUGUUUUAGACUCACCUAUUAAACAAGAACCUGAAUCGCAAACUGAACGAAAGAGAUCCAAAAGCAAUGAUAUUUCGGAUAAGUCUUCUAAGAGAUCUAAACGACAACCCUUGGGAAAUGUUACUCAUAUCAACAAUAAUAAAACCAACUCUAAGAAUGUGACUACUGCAGAUAAAAAUGAUAAGGCACAUAUUACGAAGAUACCUCAGACUACAGAUGAUGAGAAUGAUAAAGUAGUUAAGUCAAAAAUGGACGUAGCACAGAGAGAGAGAGAUGAAAAAAAUGAUCCGUCUAUUUUUGAUUUUGAUGAAGUAAACAUAGCUCCAAAAACAUACAAAAAGCGAAAACAAAGUACCACUAAAGGAGAAAGGAGAACAUAUGAAAGUAGAAGGCACAGCAUGUUGAUUUAG